AUGGCCAGCAAUAGGAGACUUAAUAUAGAGAUUCAGAAUAUGAUGAAAGACAAUAAUCUGGAAAGAAAUCAUUACUGCAUAGAACUCGAUGGAAAAACCAAUUCACAUCUGUUUGGCAAAAUUGUUGGCCCGCCCGACACGCCCUUUCAAAGGGGUGUCUUCACCAUUGAUAUCACUAUACCCGACAGAUACCCGUUGGCGCCGCCCGCCUGCAAGUUCGUGACCAGAGUAUGGCAUCCGAACAUCUCGUCAAUGACCGGAGCGAUAGGUCUCGAUAUACUCCACACGCAGUGGUCGUCGGCCAUGACUUUGGAGAGUCACGACGCUAGCUAUGUCAGACACGACGGCUCAGGCCUCGGGUUGCCGGGUUUCCUACACGGCCGCUUGGCAGUCAUGCACAAGUCGGCGCUCGAGAUGUGGGCAUGCCGGUCCAUAACCUGA